AGCAGAAAAAAGAAAAUCAUGAAAUCCCAGAUUUUCUUUCCAUCCAAACAACCCUUUCUCUUUUAGGGUUUUAUUUCAUUACUUCUUUUAAUAUUUUUAUAAUUAUAAUUUUCUUCCUCAAGAAUCUCUUCCCAAAAUUUCUCACUUUCCCGGCAAACAAACACACCUUUUGUAAUCCCUUCCACUAACAGAGGUAUGCUUUUUCAGUUAUUUAUGUAUCUCAUUUAAGCUCCCAAGAACGCUCUCCAUUAUUUCAGGGUUUCGACUUUGCUUAUUUAUUUGUCUCUAGCUGUUCAAAGAAUGUUAUCUGUUAUGAACAACGAUGCUGGAUUCGAUCAAAGUUCGGAUAAAAUCGAAGAGAAAGCUAGGGUUUCUAGCGAUGAUGCUAUUGAUAGCUCAAAUGAAGAGAAUAGAUUGAGUUUUGGAGUCUCUAACGAUGAAGCUAGGGUUUCUUCGAUGGAACUCGAUUUGAAAGAUGUUAGGGUUUCAGAGAAUGAGAGAUCUGGCGAUGUUAGGGAGAGUGAUUGUAGUGUAGAUAAAGGAAUAGGAGCUGAAUCUAGGGUUUAUGAUGUAACAGAUCGAAUUGAUGAACAAGAUGAUAGAGUAAAUGAUGAUGAGAAUGAUAGAAUAGAGAAUGUGGAGGAGGUGGAGGAGGAUAGUGGUUCAGAGUACAAGUCGUUGUUAUCUGAGUUUGAUGAUUAUGUAGCCAAUGAUAGAAUUGGUGGAGGGACUUCCAGGGCAUUGAGUUAUGGGUUUGAAGUGGGUGAUAUGGUUUGGGGAAAGGUGAAGUCUCAUCCAUGGUGGCCGGGGCAUAUAUUUAAUGAAGCUUUUGCAUCUCCCUCUGUACGCCGCACAAGGAGGGAAGGACAUGUGUUGGUUGCUUUCUUUGGGGAUAGUAGUUAUGGAUGGUUCGACCCAGCUGAGCUUAUCCCUUUUGAUCGUCAUUUUAUGGAGAAAUCGCAGCAGACAAAUUCGAGGACUUUUGUGAAGGCUGUGGAAGAGGCGAUGGAUGAGGCUAGUCGGAGGCAUGGUCUUGGUUUGGCUUGCAAAUGUAGGAACCCUUAUAAUUUUCGUCCCACAAAUGUCCAAGGGUACUUUGCAGUUGAUGUGCCUGAUUAUGAGCCAAAUGGGGUUUAUUCAGUAAAUCAGAUUAGGACUGCAAGAAAUAAUUUUAAGCCUAGUGAGAUCCUUUCAUUUGUGAAACAAUUGGCAUCAGCCCCUGGAGCUUGUGACCAGCAAAGCAUUGAGUUCUUUAAAAAUAAGGCUACUGUUUUCUCUUUUCGGAAGGCGGUGUUUGAGGAGUUUGAUGAGACGUAUGCCCAGGCAUUUGGCGUGCAGCCAGCACGGCCUUCUAAUGCUUCAGAUGAUAAAUCAAAUCAGCCUGUUAAGCAGCCACCUCGAGCUCCUUUGAGUGGUCCACUGGUGAUCGCAGAAGCCUUGGGUGGUGGGAAGAGUUCUAAAAAGCCGAUGAAAGUUAAGGACCAUUCAAAGAAAGACAGAUACCUAUUCAAGCGCAGAGAUGAAACGAGUGACUUGCAAGUCCCUCAAAUUGGCCAAGGGCAAGCUAGUUCCCUGAUACAAUUGACUUUCAGAGAGGGAUCACCAACAUUUCUAGCCGGAGAUUAUGUUUUGCAGAAGAGGGCUCCCAUGUCUCAGAUUCCACUAAAACAAGAGCAGACUGUCUUUAUGAGCAGGGAUGGUGCAAAUUCGAGUGGAGAUUUCUCUGGCAAUGAAGUUGUAACUGUAAACCAGACUUCAGCAAACUGUGCUGCUGUAGAUGGAAAGCUAUCUCUGAAUAAAAUUGAUGGUGCGUUGGCGUCUUUUCAGCGGGAAGGUGAUGCUAUGUAUGAUCUUAAACCUGAGGAGGGUGGAAAGUUAUCCAGAUUGUCUGAAGGUGCUCAGAAACCUGAUCUGGGCUUCACGGCAAAACUGGAAGGAGGCCAGGGAUUAGAUCAAUUUCAAGAUGGUUACACUGGUGGGCAUCCUGUCCUGGUUGAUGUAAAGCGCUCUGGUGCUAUGAGUUCUGAGGGUGGGGUGAAGAAAGUGAAAAAACGCCCAUCGGUGGAUAUAGGUUCUGACAAUUCUGCUUUGGGGGAGAAAAAGAAGAAGAAAAAGAAGAAAGAGGCUGGCCCAGAAACAAACUCUGAUCAUCCACAGAAGCCUUUUGUCCUUGGGAAAGGUGGGGCGAAAGCUGCCCAGAUCAGUUUGGGUCCUAGAGAAGAGUCUCAGGUGAACCAUCAGAAGAAAGAUGUUGGUCCUGCAAAUUCCUCAUUCAAUUCUGUUGGGGCUUCCACGACAAUUGGUUUGGGAAAUUCUGGGCUUGAACUUGCGCAAUUACUUAGUGAUUUGCAUUCCCUGGCUCUUGAUCCCUUUCAUGCUGUGGAAAGGAAUAGUCCAACCAUUAUUCGGCAGUUCUUUUUGCGAUUCCGAGCACUUGUUUAUCAAAAAAGCUUGGUUCUGUCGCCACCAUCUGAGAUGGAGCCUGCUGAAGUUCGUGGCACUAAACCUCCUCCUUUUGUUGGAGCCUCUGACAACCUUCCUAAUGAGAAUGUUAGAGACUCGACUCCUUCAAAACCAGUGAGACCCCUUGUCAGACCUGAUGAUCCAACAAAAGCUGGACGGAAACGUCUCCCAUCUGAUCGUCAAGAAGAAAUUGCUGCAAAGAGGUUGAAAAAAAUUAGUCAGUUGAAAUCAUUAGCUGCAGAGAAGAAGGCCAAUCUGAGGACAAUGGAAGCUCCAAAAGUCGAGGGAAAAGAACAACCAACUGCAGGGCCCCCAGCAAGACCACUCAAAAAACCAGAUUCUGCAAGGAAAACAGAGCCUCCACCGAGGGCUGUUGAGCCUACAAUGCUGGUAAUGAAGUUCCCUCCACAGGUAUCACUUCCGUCAGUUGCAGAACUGAAGGCAAGAUUUGGUCGAUUUGGGUCGUUAGAUCAGUCUGCUAUCCGUGUGUUUUGGAAGUCCUCAACAUGCCGUGUUGUGUUCAGACACAAGCUUGAUGCACAGGCUGCAUAUAGAUAUGCUAAUGGAAAUAAUUCCCUAUUUGGCAAUGUGAAUGUGAGAUACCAUGUUCGAAGUGUGGAAGCUCCUGCAGUUGAAGUACCAGAUUUUGAUAAGGCACGGGGAGAUGAUACUGCUAGUGAAACCAUGCGAGUUAAGGAUCCUGCAGUUGAAAGAUCAGCACCAAUACUUCCACACCAGCCUCUUCCGCAAUCAACAGUCCUGCUCAAGUCCUGUUUGAAGAAGCCAACAGCUGAUGAGGCAGGGCAGGGAAGUGGUGGUAAUGGAGGUAGAGGGACAGCCCGUGUAAAAUUCAUGUUGGGUGGGGAGGAAACUAGUAGGGGAGAGCAAUUGAUGGUUGGUAAUAGAAACAACUUCAACAACAAUGCUAGUUUUGCUGAUGGUGGUGCAACUUCUAUUGCAAUGGAAUUUAAUAGUAAGAACUUUCAAAAGGUCGUUCCUCCAUCUUCGUCCCCCUCUCCAAUCCACCCCAUUCCCCAAUAUGGGAAAGCCCCAGCUAAUAAUUUGCAUCACACAGAAGUAGCUCCCAGAAAUUCUCACAAUCUUAAUACUCAAACCAUUCCACCCGGUACAGCAAGCAUAGAUAUCUCACAGCAGAUGCUAAGCCUUCUGACAAGGUGCAAUGAUGUUGUGACCAACGUAACGGGCUUGUUGGGCUAUGUGCCUUACCAUCCUCUCUAAAAAUUAAUGCUUUGAUCCAAAGGAGAUGAUAGAUAUCAUUUACCCAAAGCUGCAAUGAAUGAAUGCGUGGCAUUUUGCUGCAAAAUGGAGCAGAAAGAGAGAGGCCUGGGGGUCUUGCAUUCUUUUUGUUUCUUCGAAGAGCUGUUGAAGAGAGAGAGAGAGAGAGAGAGGGCGAUGGAGAAAACUCAUGAUGUACUACUACUCUUUGCAUACUUCCCAGUUGUGUACUGGUUUCCAUAGUGCAUGCCCAUGUCCCCCUUUUUAAUCUUUACUCAUUGAUCUGCUUCUUGUGUUGAUGUGAUGAAUAGUGAAAUGGUAAAGUAGGUGUAUCGUUCAUGUAUUUAA